UUAUCGUUUUACAACACUAUAUAAUUACCCAAUUGCUCAGUAUAAUCCUGAGAAUUUAGUUUUGUUAUUAAAUUGUUUUAAAUCAAAAUGGCGAAAGCGCCGACUGUUAAGUUAACAAGUGGAUAUGAUAUGCCGGUCGUUGGUCUGGGAACAUAUGCAGCAAAAUCAGAGCCGGGCCAAUUCAGGCAGGCAGUGGAGUGGAGCAUAGACUUGGGGUAUCGUCACAUAGACACGGCUUCUUUGUAUGGGAACGAAGAGGAGGUCGGACAAGGAAUCGCUAGUAAAAUUAAGGAGGGCGUUGUUAAGAGGGAGGAGCUGUUUGUCACAACUAAGCUGUGGUGCGACCGUCACGCCGAGCCCCAAGUGUUGCCAUCUCUGAAGGAAUCUCUCGCCAGGCUCCAUUUGGAUUAUGUUGAUCUGUAUUUAGUACAUUGGCCCAUCUCUAUGAAUGAUAAAGGAGAAGACGCCGGUAUAGAUUACUUGGAGACUUGGAAGGGCAUGGAGGGGCUCGUGAAGCGCGGACUCGCGAGGUCUAUAGGCGUUUCCAACUUCAACGAGGAGCAGUUGGACAGACUGCUCAACGCGGCAAACAUCAAACCUGUCGUCAACCAAAUCGAGAUAAGCCCGACAUUGACUCAACACGCGCUCGUAGAUUUCUGCAAGUCCCGUUCAGUUGUGCCCGUGGCCUACACCCCACUGGGCCUCAUAUCUGUGGCCUGGCCCGAACCCACGGGCAAAGAUAUCAUCAAAACGGACCCCAAGCUGGGUGAACUAGCUGACAAAUAUAGGAAAAGUCGAUCGCAGAUAGCGUUGAAAUAUUUGCUGCAACGUGGAAUCCCAGUGGUACCGAAGUCAUUCACAAAGUCGCGGAUAGAAGAGAACAUAAGUAUCUUCGACUUCGACUUGACAGAAGAGGAGAUUGCGCUGGUAGAUAGCUACAACAUCAACCAUAGAUGCGUGCCCAGAAAAGAGAGUGUUAAGUUUAAAUACUUCCCAUUUUGAAUAAAUUUAGUUUUAAGGUUAUAAAUUAUUUUAAUUAUAAUAAAGUAUUAAGAGUU